GUCUGGCCCGUCCCCGGGCGCGGUAAAAGCGUUUGAAUCCAGCCUGGUGGCCGCAGCGACAUCCUCAACCCUCACAAUCCUGACCAGCCUCAGCCGCCUCCUCUUUCUUUUGCAUCCCUGACUCUUCCGAAUCACAAGAGUGGAAACGGAGAAGCUCAAGCCGCCGCCAUGUCCGAGGCUUAUUUCCGGGUGGAGUCGGGUGCGCUGGGGCCUGAGGAGAACUUUCUUUCCUUGGACGACAUUCUGAUGUCCCACGAGAAGCUCCCGGUGCGCACAGAGAUCCCAAUGCCGCGCCUCGGCCCUUUCUUCCUAGACCGGAGCGGAGGCACCGAGACUGACAACGCGAUCCCUCAGGGCUCAAAGCUUGAACUCCCCUUGUGGCUGGCAAAAGGACUUUUUGACAACAAGCGCCGGAUCCUUUCUGUGGAACUUCCCAAGAUCUACCAGGAGGGUUGGAGGACCGUGUUCAGUGCAGAUGCCAACGUGGUGGACCUCCACAAAAUGGGGCCACAUUUCUACGGGUUCGGCUCCCAACUCCUGCAUUUUGACAGUCCAGAGAACACAGACAUCUCCCAGUCUCUCCUGCAGACGUUUGUUGGACGUUUCCGCCGCAUCAUGGACUCCUCCCAGAAUGCUUACAACGAAGACACUUCGGCGCUGGUAGCCAGGCUAGAUGAGAUGGAGAGAGGCUUGUUUCAAACAGGGCAGAAAGGACUGAAUGACUUUCAGUGUUGGGAGAAGGGGCAGGCGUCUCAGAUCACAGCUUCCAACCUGGUUCAGAACUACACGAAGAGAAAAUUCACUGACAUGGAAGACUGAAGCCCAGAAGAAAACAGAAUUGCUCCCUGUAGACUUAUCCCUCUGUGUGUCCUUGAUAGGAGCAUAGUUGACCUUGUAUAGGGCCAGAAUCAUGUCCCAUCUUGUGACUUUUUCCCUGCAGCACUGUUGGGAGUGCUACCAUCUGGUGGGGAAACAACAUGCUGGAAGAUGUCCCUGGCCCUAUAAGUCUUCCAGGACUAUCCCACCUGCUGACCCACAGACCAGACCUACUUAGCCCAGGAACCCACAGCCAAGGAGAAACCAAAGUCCUUCAUAAAUAAGGAUCAUGAAUACAUAUAUCGCAGUAGAGUUGGAGCUGGGAUUCCUCGUGCCUGGGAGUUUGGACAGCCUUAGAUAUCCAGUUUCACUAGCUCCAAAGGACGGGUACAAAUGGGCCUUCCUAACCUGUUCACAAAAUGUCCUCUUGAGCUUAAUUGUCUCAUCUUCCUCAUGGUUGCACAAAGGACAGUACCCCCAGGAUGCUAGCUCUGCUUGUAAAUAUCUCCUGCCACCUGCCUGUGGGGAGUUACCCAGUUUCAAAAAACAGUCGCCAAGAAUAAGGAAGGCAAAGGGAAAGCCCGGUGAGUGGCAAGGCUUUUACUAAAGAGAAGACAUUGCUUUCCUCUUCUGUGAGGAGGGCUUCAUGAACUGGACUUCACGCCUAGGCGAGAAAUGGUUAAACUGAGCUUGUUUUUGCCUCUAGAUCUUUAGAGCCCCCGCACAGUUAUUCCAUGCUCUCCCUAGGAAAGCUGUCAGGGAGUUGUUUGGAAUCGCAAAGUAGUUGUUAAAGGGUGUUAACCAGCCCUUAUUACAUUGAAAUCAAGGCUUCAGCGUUGCUGGUUAUGAAGAGCCCUGUUUGAGAAGCUUAGCAUGGCAGAUGUGAGUGGGCAAGAGACCUCGGUCAUGGUUUUUUUCUCUUCAGUAAGUUUUGCAAUAUUAUUAUAUAACAGAUUCCUGACCAGUUACUGAGACUCUGUUUAAGCAACCACAAAACUCUUUCCCUGGAGAUCAAAGAGGAAACCUCAGGCAGAGUAGGAAACAGCAUCCCUGGGACCCACUGGCCUUUUUGAAGGGCAGUUAUCUCCACACCAUGGCUCCCCUUCCAACUUCCCACAACUAGUGAAAAUUGCCUUUGUCGCCGGAAAUUACAGUGGGAUUUGGGUCUCCAGAUUGUACAGAUGUCUUGAUGCAAACUUAGAAUGUCAGAAAUAUUUUUUAAAUGCCUGUUUUAAGAUGGAGCUGAUGUUUUUAUAAUUUGAUUUUGGGGCUAAAUAAAUGAUCCACUUUGCACAU